AUGCAGGUCAAGGGCAAAGUCCUCCGAGAGCUGCCCUCUCUCCAGACACCAGCCACACGUCUCCGGAACCACCUGCACUUCUGCCCGACCGGCUGCACUUUGAAGGCAGUCUUCCUCUUCUUUGCCUCCAUGUGCGCCUGGUAUUCUGGGUACCUGCUCGCAGAGCUUAUUCCAGACGUGUCCCUGUCCAGUGCCGUUUAUAGCAUCCGGAGCAUCGGUGAGAGGCCUGUCCUCAAAGCCCCAGCCCCUAAAAGGCAAAAAUGCGACCACUGGACCCCGUGCCCCGAGGACACCUAUGCCUACCGUUUGCUCAGCGGGGGUGGCAGGGACAAGUACGCCAAAAUCUGCUUUGAGGACGAGCUGCUCAUAGGAGAACAGACUGGAAAUGUUGGAAGAGGAAUAAAUAUUGCCAUUGUGAAUUAUCUGACCGGGAAAGUGAUAGCAACACAAUAUUUUGAUAUGUACGCAGGAGAUAACUCUGGACUGAUGACAAAGUUUAUUCAGAGUGCUCCUCCGAAGUCCCUGCUCCUCAUGGUGACCCAUGACGAUGGCAGCAGCAGACUGAAGGAGGACGCCAAGAAGGCCAUAGAAGCACUUGGAAGUAAAGAAGUCAGGAACUUGCGGUUCAGGUCGAGUUGGGUAUUUCUUACAGCAAAAGGCUUUGAACUUCCUGUGGGAAUUCAGAGAGAAAAGAUCAACCACUCUGAUAAUUCAAAGAACAGAUAUUCUGGCUGGCCUGCAGAGAUACAGAUAGAAGGCUGCAUACCGAAAGAACCAAGCUAACGUUGCACAGCCUUAAUAAAUGUGUUUUUUUAUAGACAAAUGCAUCAUGGAAUGGCCCAAGAAUCUUA